GGGAGUGUUAAUGCAGGCACCUUGGCUCGAGAGUACAGCUGGCCUGCGAGGAAACCCUGCGUGGGAUUUCUCUGGGGGUGUUGUAGGAUUUUGGCAGAGCUGACCAUGAUGUUAUGGUUCGUGGUUGGUGCCCUCUUCCCAGCGCUGCUCCUGGCUGCGCCGCCCCCCAUAAACAAGCUCGCCCUCUUCCCGGACAAGAGCGCUUGGUGCGAGGCAAAGAACAUCACCCAGAUCGUGGGGCACAGCGGCUGCGAGUCCAAGUCCAUCCAGAACAGGGCCUGUCUGGGACAGUGUUUCAGCUACAGCGUCCCCAACACCUUCCCUCAGUCCACAGAGUCCCUGGUUCACUGCGACUCCUGCAUGCCAGCCCAGUCCAUGUGGGAAAUCGUGACACUGGACUGUCCAGGCAACGACGAGAUCCCCAGGGUUGACAAGCUGGUGGAGAAGAUACUUCACUGUAGCUGCCAGGCUUGCGGGAAGGAGCCGAGCCACGAGGGAGCCCUGUUCAACGUCUACCUGAACGCGGAGGAGAACAUGCCCGCUGAAGGUCCCAGCCCCCAUCACUAUGCCCACCACCAACAGGAGGUGGAAGAACCUCCCGCCUCCAGCCACCACCAUCACCCAUCACGAGAGGAGGGCGACGAGUGA